AUGUGUGGUCUGGGACAAGGCAGUGGCAAUGCACAAGGAUGCUAUAGAGACUCAAACUUAACAAAAGCCCGCGUCCCUGCUGCAGUGUGGUGCACUGUAGCCGCUUGUCAACCUCAUGCCGACUUGUGUCGGUCAGGCAUAAGCCCCGCUUGCACCUCACGCCUACGGGUGCUUGCGGGCUUUGUUACGCUCAAUAGAGACUGUGACUUUUGCCAAACGUUGCCGGUGGUAGAAGCCGGAGUUUAUCCAAGAUCUCAACAGGCUACUCUAAAGUCUUCAUCAUUAUGGGCUUUAAUUCACAGUUUUAGUUUGACAGAAAACGUCAGACUGGGAAUAAACACACUCCCGCCCACGCCCCCGCCCCUCAAAAGGGGGCGUGCAAUUGCACCCCCGGGGCGGGUAAGGGUUGGAAAGGCUAGACAGGAUAGCAGGCACUUGGGUUCUUUAGCAACUUUUGCACCAAUCAUGGCCAAUAUUGAUUGGACAGUUAUAAAUUUGCCAGGGAAACACCUCAAGCUACCGCGACUUUGCAUCAAGACGGUUGUCACCUUUGGCAACCAAAAAUGUCUCACAAGGAGUCCCCUGCAGCAGAAAUCUCUCACUCUUCAAUAUAAAAGGAGUGCCUCUCUCCACCAGGAUUCUCUUUUCCCCCAUCAACCUGCUGAGUACAAUGAGAGGGGCAGGUCUUUCAAACCACCUGAGUCCUACAGCGUAGCGUGGCGGCCCACUGUUGAUGCAACCAACCCCUGGCUACUCCCAGGUUUACACCACACCCAUGUGGUUGUCAGGCUGGAGUAG